AAUAGGUGCUAAAGUUAAUAAGCAUGCAAUAAUUAUUACCUACUUGAGAAUGUUUUAAUCUAUGUAUAGAAUAGAUAUUGAUUAAUAUCUCGUGAUUACAGAUCAUAAUGUUUGAUAAUCUGCGCUGAUCAUAGUGAAUUAAAUUUAUUACGAAUAUUAACAAAUUCAUUGGAUGUUCAAUUGUUCAUGGGCAAAAUGGAGAAAGUAAUUUCAUAUUUUUCCUUUGUAUUUUUUGUCAUUGUGUCGGUGGAUAUGAAGGAACAACACCAGUAUAUUAUUAUACCUGGUUUUGAUUUAAAAGACACAGAACGUGAGUUUGCAGAGCAAGACGCAGACAUCUACCGUCCUUGUCCGUCGUACGAUCUGCUCUGCAUACGUCGGUACUUGUCGGAACACUCAAAAUGCAAAAUUGCCAAUGGACCAGUCCCGGACCCAUUUUUCCGCAUCCAGAGUGAUAACUUUUAUCCCACUUUUAAUAUGUCUGCCACUCAAUCUGAAGUUCUUUACGGGGGUCUCAAUGGAGUCGUAAAGGAGUUUUACGUAAACAGAAAGUCUGCGUUAACGAUACUAGCUGUUGACUUCCAAAACGUGACCCUCAAUGUGAGAGAGGUCAUCGUCCGAUACCACCGGAGGGGUCAGCAGGCCAUCGUCACUAACUCUACACUUGACCGAGAGAGAUACGCUUCCUUCAGAACUACUACAGUUUUUAAUGGAUUCGCCGAAUUGGAGUUGGAAAAUAGUGAAACAACCGCUUAUGUGGACAGUCCACCUGCAGUUAUAGUCGGACCUGAGCUAGGAGUACAUCCAGAUCCAACGAUAGCUUUGAGGUUUGCAGCAUUCAUAGCAAAUCUUCCGGUUAUAACUCAAGAGAAUUUCCUGACUUCAGCUCCGUUCUACGCUAGCACUUACAUUCAGUACGUGCUGUGUGAUUUUGGUUUAAUGAUUAAAUAA